AUGAGUCUUAUUCAAGGUCAAAUCCUACCAACAUCAACCAUGUUCAUUUCGGGCAAUGUGAUAUUUAAAUGGACAUCGUCAAACUGCUCUUCGUAUGCGGUCUUCGUUACCAGAGACCACACAAGGGAUUCCAACUGGACACUUGUGUCUGAUACACAGUACACUGUGAAGGAUGUGAUGUUAUAUGAAUUCAUCAGAAUAUAUAUCUACACGAGAGCAUCCGUAUCAUCUGAAUACAAAAUAAUGUCUUACAAUGUUUCCAAAGUUAAAGCUCAGAUAGGAGAAAGCGCGAUUAUGAGAUGGACAGCUUCAUCUUUUCCAUCUAUCGGACAAUACCACGUCUAUCACACAUAUAAAGAAAACAGAACAAUAUUGAGUAUAAGCAGCAGCGGAGUAAACUUUGGAGAUAAGACACAAACAAGUAAAUACGCUUACACCUCCAGACAGUUUAAUUCCACUAACAUCGUGUUUGAGAUAAGGGACAUAACUCUGGACGAUGCUGGAUAUUACAAUGGUGGGAUGUCUGCUGAUGCUGCGUGGGCAGGUGGGGGUGUUGUAUUGAUUGUAUCAGCCAAACCCGAUAAGCCAGAAAUUAAAGGAAACCUUACCACACUGGUAGAUACAUACUUAAAACUGUCAUGUAUCAGUAAAUCAACUUCAACCCCUGACUAUUACUAUAAGUUUCGAUCCUUGUCCUACACAUGGUAUAUCAACGACACUAAAAUAAAAGGGGAAUUCGAGGAGACCAUAAUAUUGAACGUUACUAGAUGGCACAGGUACAACAGUUAUUCGUGUACAGCGACAGAAGAAGAACUGGAGUCUGAUCGCAGUAAUGCAGUACAGAUUAAUCCUUUAUAUGGACCAGAAAAACUCACUUUCACACCAAAGCCAACAUUUGAUAAAGGUUAUAAAUUCACAGUAAAGGAAGGCGAUGAAGUCGGUCCAAUCUUUUGUUCAGCUGAUUGUAAUCCACCCUGUAACGUUUCGUGGAAAUAUAAGGAAUCAAACGGGCUUAAAGAUGCCUUGUCAGAAAAUGGGAUAUUACUACUACAAAGCGUCAACAGGAAUGUAACCCAAAUCAUUUGCUUAUCUAGAUGGAAAACUGAAUCAAUGGAGAAAGACAUUGCACUUGAUGUUCAAUAUAUUGAUGACCCAAUUAUUAAUGUAAAUGGCGAAUGGGUGUCAGAUCGAAUAUCUGUAGACAUCCAAGAGAGAAAACCGUUACAUCUGUCUUGUUUUGUUAAUGGAAACCCGACUCCUUCUGUACGACUUGGUAAAUCACAGAACGGAAGGACGACCAUUUUGUCUGAGGCCAUGGAUCACUGGUCAAACUAUAGCUUUAGUACGGGGGCUAAGUGUUCCGAUACACGCACAUAUGUUUGUUAUGGAAAGUCGCAGUCUACGAAUCUGAAAACCAACAAGUCAAUCGGAGUUAACAUUUUGUGUGAGGGUACUUCAAGUUCAGCCAAACCCGAUAAGCCAGAAAUUAAAGGAAACCUUACCACACUGGUAGAUACAUACUUAAAACUGUCAUGUAUCAGUAAAUCAACUUCAACCCCUGACUAUUACUAUAAGUUUCGAUCCUUGUCCUACACAUGGUAUAUCAACGACACUAAAAUAAAAGGGGAAUUCGAAGAGACCAUAAGAUUAAGUGUUACUAGAUGGCACAGGUACAACAGGUAUUCGUGUACAGCGACAGAAGAAGAACUGGAGUCUGAUCGCAGUAAUGCAGUACAGAUUAAUCCUUUAUAUGGACCAGAAAAACUCACUUUCACACCAAAGCCAACAUUUGAUAAAGGUUAUAAAUUCACAGUAAAGGAAGGCGAUGAAGUCGGUCCAAUCUUUUGUUCAGCUGAUUGUAAUCCACCCUGUAAUGUUUCGUGGAAAUAUAAGGAAUCAAACGGGCUUAAAGAUGCCUUGUCAGAAAAUGGGAUAUUACUACUACAAAGCGUCAACAGGAAUGUAACCCAAAUCAUUUGUUUAUCUAGAUGGAAAACUAAAUCAAUGGAGAAAGACAUUGCACUUGAUGUUCAAUAUAUUGAUGACCCAAUUAUUAAUGUAAAUGGCGAAUGGGUGUCAGAUCGAAUAUCUGUAGACAUCCAAGAGAGAAAACCGUUUCAUCUGUCUUGUUUUGUUAAUGGAAACCCGACUCCUUCUGUACGACUUGGUAAAUCACAGAACGGAAGGACGACCAUUUUGUCUGAGGCCAUGGAUCACUGGUCAAACUAUAGCUUAAGUACGGGGGCCAAGUGUUCCGAUACACGCACAUAUGUUUGUUAUGGAAAGUCGCAGUCUACGAAUCUGAAAACCAACAAGUCCAUCGGAGUUAACAUUUUGUGCGAGCCAAGGCUGGAUAAAGAGGCCCAAUUAAAGACAUUAACGGAUCUGGGUAAAGCAAGGGUUCUGAUUAUUCCUGUGAUUGCUUUUCCGCCACCUGACCUAUCGAAAUUGGUAUGGCUGGCACCUAACAACCUACCGUCAACCAUAACUGCAAAUGCAGUGAUCCAGUCUAAUGAUAUCAUCUACAAGCACCGUGUUAUUACCAUUGUUUCUGGUUUGGAAGACGAACACUACGGGGAGUAUAAACUUUUGUACAAUAGAAAAUUUCUUACAAGCGUUAUCAUCAGAAAAGAAGAGGACGCAGAGGACGGACCAUUAAGAGCAAAUAUAGUUGACGUUGCCGUCCCCUCCACACUUUUGGGAAUUACAUGGAUUUUGUUGAUAAUAUAUGUAGUAUUUCAAAAGUGGCGUAGGAAUUUAAAAACAACCCAUCAACAUGACGAAAAAGUUAACCAAUUAGAGACACCAAGCAUGGAACAACAUUACGACGAUUUGCAAGAUAUUGAUGUUGAGAGAAACUACUCCCAUCUUGACCGUCUUGACCAAGAAACUCCUUACGAAGAAACUCUCUAAAACAUACAAAAAAAACCAUUCGGUCUGAAAAAGAAAAACUGCCAUUUUCUGAUUUUUUUCAAGUUUUGAAUUUUAAUGCUUAGAUAUGCAUGGUAUAGCAGAAUUUUUUAUAUUCCUUAUUGUAUUGUUAUGUUCCACGUUUAUUUACUUAUAUUUUUGACAUUUCAGUAUUACAAUAUUAGCUUAUGUUUGUUAUGAUUAAAAAUAUAGCUUGAAACGGCACGAACAAAAAAUCACAUAAAUAAUAGAAACAAAAUUUAAAAACUACAAAGUGAGUUUUGAAAAAUAAAAUGUUAAUGUUGGAUUUACAAAUAAAUUUGGCCCCUCGCUUGGAUGUGAUUAUGUUCUUUUUGAAGUUUUUAUUAAUUGUUUUUUUCUUUUUUUUUGUCCUAAAGAAGGGACUAGUUGUCCCAAAUAAUUAAACAAUUUUAAUUGCUUGCGUGGUUUGCUUUUUAUAUCUAGUUUCUAGGCUUCUAAAGGUCAAUGCAUAA